UGCAAACAUGUCAACCGAAUCGACACAAUCCCAGGCAUGCUGCAACACUCCCGCUGUGGUCAGCCACGGCUACCAGCCCAAGGGUGAUUAUAUUCAAGCCGAUGGCCUGAAAACAUACGCAACCGGCCCCAAAGAUGCGAAGCUGGGUAUCCUUGUAGUAUACGACAUCUUUGGCUUCUUCAACCAGACCCUACAAGGAGCCGACAUUCUCGCAUAUACCGACAGCCAAAAGUACCAGGUCUUCAUGCCCGACUUCUUCGAGGGCAGCCCUGCCGACAUCUCUUGGAUGCCGCCAGACACGGAAGAGAAGAAGAAGAACAUGGGCGAAUUCUUCCAGUCAAAGGCCGCACCACCAAAGACGCUGCCACGCAUUCCCAAGAUUGUCGAUGAGCUUAGCCAGAAGAACGGCAUUGAGAAGUGGGCCAUCAUCGGCUUCUGCUGGGGUGGAAAGAUUGUCAACCUCUCUUCCAUGGAAGGCACCAAGUUCAAGGUUGCAGCGGCAUGCCACCCCGCCAUGGUUGCUGGCGAUGAUGCGCCUGGAAUCACUAUCCCCUACAUCAUGCUUCCGUCUGGUGAUGAGGACAAGGGCGACGUGCAGAAGUGGCAAGAGGGAAUCAAGGUUCCGCAUGUGGUGGAGUGGUUCCCUGACCAGAUUCACGGCUGGAUGGCUGCUCGCAGUGAUUUGAGCCAGGAGAAAGUACAGAGGGCGUAUGAGCGCGGAUACAAGAUGGUGCUGGACUUUUUCCACAAGCAUAUGUGAGUCGAGAUGGCUCAUAUUAUUGAAAAUACGCUGAGUGUGUUAGGGUUGGUGAGGCCAAGCUCUGAUAGAAUCUAAUGAGAAUAGACAAAUGGAAACUUCUAAUGCC